AUGAGCGACUACUACUGGUCGGAAAGCCAACAAUGCGUUCCGGAAUGCAAACCACCUAAAAUAUGCAUAGCGAUCUAUGGGUUUGAGAAACCGACUCUAUGUGUAUGCCCGGCUUUCAUCACAGGUGUUUUUGAAUGCGAUGGCACAUCAUCGCACGUGUGGUUACCCUAUACCAUAGCUGCCGGACACUUAUUCAUCGCUGCCUAUCUAAUCGGUGGCCUCAAAGAGCACGUGAAAGCUUUG